AUAAUUGAGGUAUCACUCUCUCCUGAAAAAUACGUCUCAUUUCCUUCAAGAGUGACCUUCUUUUGGGCUACAAAAUUGAUCAUAACUGGUUAUCGAAAUACCUUGCAAUUGGGUCAUCUGUGGGCUUUGGAUUCAAAGUACCUCGCAGCUAAUGUUGUUCCAGCCUUCCUGCGUAAUGUUUAUAAGCAUCUUCAUGUGGACAUAUCCGGAGAAUUAGAUGGGUAA